UUCCCCCUCUUCCUCUUCCAACGAACACGCCGAAAAGACCUCCAUGGAAAAUGGAGAGAAGAAACGCUCAACGGGUUACGGCAGGCCGCCAUGGACAUUCAGAGGAAGGGCUCUGUAUCAACUGCAUCUUGUUAAGGCUAAAACUGCUCGAAAGUGUAUUCCAAAGGAGUUGAGACUCGUUGAAGCAUUUGGUUAUACUCUUGGUGGGUUUUUUCUUGCGAACUAUGAUGAUAGUCCAGCAGGAAGUUUUGAUGAGCUUGUGGUAAUUGCUGGAAUUGUUUGGAAUCGUCCAACAUCCUGCGCAUGGGCAGCUAAGGUUCUAGUGAACAGUGAUGAAGCUUGUGAUCAUGGACGAAAGGAAGUGGGGCUUCCAAGUCAGGUUGCAAGGUUUACAAAAAGGACCGAGGCAGUUCCGAAGCAUCGGGGUGAAAGAGGACUUCUCAACUCCUUUCGUGGAAGUAGUGAUUUCUGCAACCAGAAGAAUCAGGAGCAUGUUCAAGUGACUGAAGUGAAGAAUCCUACUUCAAUAGAUGUCUGCAAUAUCAACCUUUCAAUUUCUGAUCCUUUAAGCAAAUGGAUGGGGCCAGCUAUCAGAAUGUCUCUCCCAAGUUACAGUGGGCACACAGAAAAUACUCCUGAACUACUCAAAUAUUCCUGCCAAAUUCAAUGCCGGGUGCGAGCAGUAAAGCCAGCAGCGGUCGCAAUCGAACAAGCUGGAGAAGAUGAACAACAUGAACAUGAACAAAGCCUCAGCACAACUGUACUGUUAUCAAAGCCCAUCCUGGCUUUAGAGUUUAGCUGCAUGGAAAUGCAAGUCCAAGCUCCCACUGUUGUUUCUCAAUAUUUUAAACACUCUCUUAGAACACCAUGAACGAACACAUUCCAUCCCAUUCUAUUCACAGUUCAAAUAUUUUGAAAAUUCUUUG